UUCACCACCACAAUCAUUCCCAUUUCCCAACCCACCGCCGUUGAUGGGUUGCUGCUUUUCCACCGCCCACCAACCGCAGAACCCCGACUCCGACAACGACGACCACCACGACGCCCCAGACACUAAUGUCAACCCCGCCGAGGUGAUGGCCCUCUCACAAGACGGAUGGAACAAAAUCACCGAACAACAUCAAAAGGGAACAGCGCCCUUCCGCCAGUACACUCUUCGGGAGCUAAUGGUGGCGACGGAUGGAUUCAUCUUCCAGAACUUUCUCUCAAAAGGCGGCGGUGAAAUCACAAACAACACUCACAGGGGCCGCCUUCCUGGGGGCCAGCGAAUCGCCGUCAAGAGGUUCACCUUGUUGGCCUGGCCUGAUGAAGCGCAGUUUAGGGAGAUGGCGAUUAGAGGGGGAAGGUUGAGACACCGGAGGCUUGUGAACUUGAUUGGGUACUGCUGCGAUGCGGAUGAGCGGUUUCUUGUUGCGGAGUUCAUGCCCAAUGAUUCACUCGCCACUCAUCUUUCCAAGUGUAUGAUUUGUUCUCUUCUCUCCCUUGUAUACUAG